GGAAAAAUAUAAUCCAAAACAAAAAACGUGACUAUACAAUACUGUACCUAAGAAUGUAUUAGUCGGGUGUUUCGUCUCGUUCUCUCGGUCUCGUUUCUCGGUCUGCCUCUCUCACGCGUCGAUCUGCAACCUCACUCCCGUUGCCAUCGCAAUCCCAGUUUUGUCACCAACGCAUCAUCCAACACUCUCGCCAAGCUUUCGUUCUCGCACCCAAAUUUGAAUUCUUCGUCGCGAUGAGUAUUGCCGAUUCACCACUACACUCGUCUAGCAGUGACGACUUUGUUGGGUUUCUUGAGAGUGCCCUGGAUUCUAGUUCUCCGGGGUCCUCACCGGAUGAAGAAGCUGAUGAUGACUGUGACGUCGAGAUUGAUAGUAAUAGUGCAAAGAGGCGUAAGGUAGAGUUUGGAAGCACUGAGGAAAUUCCUGGGUCGACUUCAGAAGUUUUUGUAGAAGAACACUCAGAAGCAUCCACGAAGGAGGACAUUUGUACUCAUCCUGGUUCAUUUGGAGAUAUGUGUAUCGUCUGUGGGCAGCCGGUGGAUGACAACUCUAGUGUGAUAUUUGGGUACAUACACAAGGGAUUAAGGCUUAAUAAUGAAGAAAUUGACCGGUUACGCAAAACAGACAUUAAGAAGUCGUUGCGCCAUAAGAAGCUUUACUUGGUCCUUGAUCUGGAUCACACACUGCUUAAUUCUACCCAUCUGAAUCAUAUGUCAGCUGAUGAGGAAUAUUUACAUGGUCAAAUAGAUUCUCUGCAAGAUGUUUCAAAAGGUAGCCUAUUCAGAGUAGACAUUAUGCAUAUGAUGACCAAGUUGAGGCCCUUUGUUAGGACAUUUUUAAAAGAGGCUAGUGAAAUGUUUGAGAUGUACAUAUACACAAUGGGUGAACGAGCUUAUGCGCUGGAAAUGGCUAGGCUGCUUGAUCCAAGGAAAGAAUACUUUGGGGAUAGGGUUAUAUCACGUGAUGAUGGUACCCAAAAACAUCAAAAAGGUCUAGAUAUUGUGCUUGGACAAGAUAAUGCAGUUGUGAUCCUUGACGAUACAGAAAAUGCCUGGACAAAGCACAAGGACAAUUUAAUAUUGAUGGAAAGAUAUCAUUUCUUCAGUUCGAGCUGUAAACAAUUUGGGUUUCGCUGUAAAUCCCUUUCUGAGUUGAGAAGUGACGAAAGUGAACCUGAAGGAGCUCUUAUAACUGUUCUCGAAGUUCUUAAGCGAGUCCACAACAUGUUCUUUCAUGAAUUGGAGGAUAAUCUUGUUGAAAGAGAUGUGAGACAGGUGUUGAAAACUGUUAAGAAGGAUGUGUUAAAGGGGUGUAAAAUUGUUUUCAGCCACGAAUUUCCUUCGAAUGUCGAGGCUGAGAAUCAACCUCUCUGGAAGAUGGCAGAGCAGUUGGGAGCCUCUUGUUCGACACAAGUGGACCCAUCGGUGACACAUGUGGUUUCAGGAGAUGCUGGCACAGAGAAGUCUAAAUGGGCGGUCAAAGAGAAGAAGUUUUUAGUUAAUAAACAGUGGAUUGAAGCUGCAAACUAUAUGUGGCAAAAGCAAGCUGAAGAGAAGUUCCCAGUCAAGCAAAUGAAAACCACAUGAUCUAUUCUUGCAGCAGCACUAACUUCAUCCUUUUUGUGCAUAGUUUGAGAUACUAAUCACUCCUCUCGUUUCGUUCAGUGUUGUCCUUACACCACUGGUCUCGUAUUUGAGGUGGAACUUAAUUUUGAAUCGUUCAUUACUUUUAAACAGAAGACGAUUACUGACUAGGUGAAGGAAAAUUUGAUAGCGGAUUGAAUUUUUUAUGUUUGUUUCGGAAGUAGGAUACCGAACUUGUAUGUAGGAUAUGGUUGCAGAUUUAUGACAUAGUAGAAGAUGUUCUGGA